UUUUGCCACCUUAUUUUUAAUUUAUCAUUAUUCACUAUAUCUUGUAAGUGUAGUGCAAUGGAUUACAAAGAUUGUAGUUUGGAGGAGUCAAAAUCUAUUACAUCUACUAAUAGGUAUGAAGAACAAGGGCUAAUGGUGGCACCACUGAACUAUUAUAAGACUCUAUCAGAUCAAAUUGGUGAUUAUAUCAUGGAGCAAAUUAAUUCAUAUGUUCAAGAAUUAAAAGCAUUAGAAGUUGGUGAAGAUCCAAAUCAUCGCUUGGCUAUGGUUGUAUUUAAGGAAGGCGUUGCAAGUUACGAGGAGAAAAAAACAGGAAGAGUAACUAAAAGUGUGGUAGUUGGAUCAAUCUCGGUCUCUUUUGAAUUACCACAUUUUUGUUUCGACAGCAAAAUUGAUAUUGAAGGGUUUCUUGCAUCUCCUCCUAAGAAAAAUGAGAAAGAGGAAAAUGAUGUGGAUGUUAUUCCACUUGAAGAUCGAAGAUUUUCCAUUAUUGAAAGGGCAAAUAACUGGACGAUUGAAUUGAGAAAACGAAAUGAUAAUCGGACAUAUGAUAUUUUUUCUACACAUUUACCAUCAAACAAACAAUUUCGUUCGAAGCCUGAAGUAAUUAAUUUCGUUCUUUAUGAAGCUCGUCGAAAACGCCAAAGCAAUAAGAGAAAGUUAACCGAAUUCGCUAGUGAAUUCAAUGUGACAGGUUCAACAUCGAAGGAAAUUAAUUUGAGAAGAAAAACUUCUUCUGACAUCUAUGAAAAGGACCUUGGAAUGAAUAUGAUUGAAUGGUUUCCUAACGAAAUUAGAGAGAAUAAUACUCAAGGGGGUUCUAUGGGAGAAGGUAAAUGUGAAGAACCAAAUGAAGAACAAAUAGAAGACGAUUUUUUUGAAGGCGUAGAAAGGUUUUGUUUAGAUGAUAUGAUGAUUUGUUCAAAGUCAAAUGUCACAGAUGAUAAAAUUGUUGAAGUAUUUUACCUAGAAAACUAUUUUGAUGGUUCUCUAUAAGACAAAAUAUGUAACUGUUUUUAUAUAGAAUAAUAAGUAUUAAGCACUUACAACUA